UGUUGAUUCCAUCUGGAAAAAAAAAAACUUCAAAUUAUUCUGAAGUCAAGAGAACUGCGAAACCUUGAGGAAAACUUCCUGUUAUUCGUGCUGUUCGUUCUUUAAAAAUAAUAGUCACGUUUAUGAUAGUCGAGAUAAAAAGAACAACUAUUCAAGAUAAAGUAGAUCGGCUCACUUCCGCCAAUGGAAACUUGCGAUAAUCUAAGCAGAUAUUUCGUAAUAUAUUCGGUAUCAAUUAAAACAAAAAUUAGAAAUAUAAACAGAAAUUGUUUAAAAAAGAAAAAUGGAACAAUAUAGUAAACAUAGAUCAGUUGAAAAGGGUACAAUUCUUCUAUACGGAGCGUUUAGUUUGCAUUCAUUGGUAGGAAGCUUAUUACUUCAACCACUUAAAUGGCAUAAAGUAAUUCGAAACGAGGAGAAAUGUGUAAACGAAAAAGAAAACAAGACUGGAGAAGUAAAACUUGUUGCGGACGUGAAAAAUACUAGUUUUCAAGACGACUUAGAAUGGGAGUUAUGCAACCAUCAAAGAAAACGAAAGAAAACUAUUUCAAGUAUCGAUUACGACUCUGAAAUUGAGAGUAUAUAUGGAUUUGAUAUACUUUAUUCACCUCAGCUAAUGGAGAAUGUUUCAUCAAACGAAGUGGACAUUGAUAGAUACAUAAUCGAUGAACGCGAUGACGUAUCGAAGGGACACUUAAGAAGAAAGAAACGUAGUUUUUUCAAGAGUGCCGAUACGAUCAAUCUUGGUAGCAGCUUUACAAUUUUCACGGACGUACCCGGUUCAGUGAUGAAAAAAGAAAACUUGGGCAUUUUCGAAGAAAAUGAUUCUUUAUUACAAGGAAACGAAGAGAAGGCAAUGGUAAACACAGGAACCGAUUGCAAUGACAACCCCGAAAAGAAGUCAGUCAUGGCAGAUAUCUUAAAGAAGGUAGGUCAGAUAUUUGAUCUGGACCUACUGAGAGAUCCAAUCUAUGUGAACAUUAUGAUGGGAAUGUCGAUUGCUAUUUUCGCUGAGGCAAAUUUUUCUGUCCUGACGCCAUUUAUCCUAACAGAUAUGAAAUUAUCCACCGAGGGAAUCAGUGCCGUUAUGAGCGUAAUUGCCAUUACGGAUCUCUUUUCCAGAAUUCUUGCUCCGUUUCUCGGUGAAUGGCUCCAUCAGCCUCCGAGAAUAAUGUAUUUAUUAAGUUUGUGCCUUCUAAUCUUCUUUAGGACGUUGGUAACGUUUGCCUGUGGAUCUAUGAUGUGGCUCGUUGGGGUUGGAUUAGGAGCUUCUAAAGGGAUCCGUUCGGUUUAUAUGAGUCUAGUGAUACCUGACUAUGUACCAAUCGACAGGCUACCUAAUGCAUCGGGGAUUCAAAUGAUUAUGAAUGGAAUAAUACUCUUAACUGCUGGACCAAUGCUUGGCAUAGUUCGCGAUCUCACUGGACACUACACACCCUGUAUAUUCAUAAUGAAUAGUGUUACAGCACUCACAGUAAUUUUGUGGACAAUUGAAAUGUAUAUCGUACGAAGGAGGAAAUUACGAAUGCAAAAGCAACUUCAAGAUAAGCAACUUGCAGAACGUGUAUUAUAGUUGUCGUUAUUUGUGAUUCCUAGGUCCUUUCGUCAAUCUGCGUACACUGCCAUGUUAAUUGUUUCAUAAAUCUGAGAUUAUUAUAUAAACAAAUGAAUUCUUAACAAACUAGCGAAUGAACAAGUAGGAAAUGAACGUUACGAGCGUGUAUAAUUUUUUCUACUUCAGUAAAUCGGAGAAUUGACGUUAACAUUGAUUUAAUGUAUAUAAUAAACAAACUAUUAAGAAAUUAUAUUCAAAUUAGCAGUGUGAUUUUGUAUUAUUUGCAAGUGGAACGAGGAAAGAAGUAAUUACGUGUUGUAUGAAAAAUGUAAAUAAAUUAUUUUGUAUGUAUUAUUUAAACAAUAAUGUAAAAGAAAAAAACAAAUGUUAGAUAGUAUAAAAAAAAAAGUGUCUGUGUCUUUCGAUUUAAUUCAGAAUAUAUUUGUCACAUUUUCCUGUACAAUAAAUGCGUAAAAUCUGCGGUCUAAUAAUAACAAAUUCUGUUUUUUUCUAGUAUACAAGUUGUCAGAUGCGCAAACCUGCUUUCGCGGGCGCCAUGGCGCCCUAGGGCACCAACGUUGGGGACCGCUGAACUAAACAUUAAUUAAGGUCAUGUGCCUGUUCAAUGUCGUUCGCCACAGGAGUAGACUUAAUGACGUGAAGUGUUUCGUUACCGCGGCUCGAGCCUUUUUUACCGCAGCGAUCUUGACUGGCAACAAUG